GGUGAAGUUUUGUUAGAAAGGCCGGGAUACCCUGGACCACCAACGGCGGUCAAAUGGCAAAAAAACACCCCGAUUUCUCCACUCUGGCAGGUACACAGCAUCCUUCUGUUUAGGAGCCGGCUAGCUAGUUGCAACAGGAGCCACGCCCAUCCCGGCGACCAGCUCGGCGUUGCGUCACUUCCGGCCCUUGGCGGGGCGCAUCCGGGUCAGAGUGAGCCUCUAGCUCUCGGAGUCUGGUGGAGGUGUCGCGCUGUCCGCUUUCUCCCUUCCCGGUGUGACCAAGCCGCAGUGUCCACCGGCGAGCACUGACCCGCCCUGCCCCGAGCAGAGAAGGACGAGGAGGAGGAGCGGCCGGACGCCGGGCUGGGCCGCUGUGGUACGGGCUGGAGACUUUGCUCCUACGCUUGCUGCUGUCUCUGGGAACCGGGUGCCAGCACUGAGGAGGCUUCAGUGGACAGCAACCCCCUUCCCCGGCUCCCCUGCCCGCCCUGCCGGGGAGGGCGGAAGAUGCCGGUGAAGAAGAAGAGAAAAUCCUCUGGGGUGGCAGUGGCGGAAGACGGGGGUCUCAAAAAGUGUAAAAUCUCCAGCUAUUGCAGAUCCCAACCCCCUGCUAGACUAAUAAGUGGAGAGGAACAUUUUUCAAGCAAGAAGUGCCUGGCUUGGUUUUAUGAGUAUGCAGGUCCUGAUGAAGUUGUAGGGCCAGAAGGAAUGGAAAAAUUUUGUGAAGACAUUGGUGUUGAACCUGAAAAUAUUAUUAUGUUAGUUUUAGCGUGGAAAUUGGAGGCUGAAAGCAUGGGAUUUUUUACCAAGGAAGAAUGGUUAAAGGGAAUGACUUCAUUACAGUGUGACUGCACAGAAAAGUUACAGAACAAAUUUGACUUUUUGCGCUCACAUUUGAAUGAUAUUUCUUCAUUUAAGAAUAUCUACAGAUAUGCCUUUGAUUUUGCAAGGGAUAAAGAUCAGAGAAGCCUUGAUAUUGAUACUGCUAAAUCUAUGUUAGCGCUUCUGCUUGGGAGGACAUGGCCACUGUUUUCAGUAUUUUACCAGUACCUGGAGCAAUCAAAGUAUCGUGUUAUGAACAAAGAUCAAUGGUACAAUGUAUUAGAAUUCAGCAGAACAGUCCAUGCCGAUCUUAGUAACUAUGAUGAAGACGGUGCUUGGCCUGUUCUUCUUGAUGAAUUUGUUGAAUGGCAAAAAGUCCGUCAAACAUCAUAGCAAGAACUAUCGUGGAGAAAAUGCAAACCUUUUGAUUCCUAUGUGUAUACGAGUUAAAUGAGAUGAGGAAAAAAAAUCCAAAGGGUGCAUUUUUAUUCAUAUGAAAGACUUCUCAUAGUACUUUUUUUCCCAUUUUUUUAAAGGAAAUUUUCUUGUUACAUGUGAUGGGCCUUGUGCCACACCUCUUCUGAGACUGAAUAUUGAGUUUUUGUUUUGAGUUAUGUUUAUUACAUUUAUUUCAGAACAAUAAAGAUUCAGAUUUGUGAUAAAGGCCUUCAACUGAAGAUGUCCGUUGAGUGUCAGAGUGGUAUUUAUUUUUGUAAAUUUUAAUUCUUGAAUUUUAAAUGUUCUAUUCACCAUGAAUUUGUGGAACCUUAAAGAUUUUAAAUAACUUAAUAUUUGGCAGUGUAGCCUGCUGAUAGUAUGGCUUAAUGUCUUCAUCUCUGCUCAGUUAGAACAAUUAUUGGCCUUGACUUCUGGGAUGAUAAUAUUCUGAUGCAGCUAGUACAUUUUUGGAUAUUGAAAGUGCUCCACCUUUCAGCUCUGGUUUUCUGUGAAAGCUGCCAUGGUUUGAUACGUAUACUUUACUUGAAAAGUUUAGAAUUAGAAAGAUGAUGUCUAGUCAUUUUCUUUUCCAACCAUUAACUAGUAUUGUCAGCAUAAAUCAGCAUUCCAUGUAUAUUCUUAAUGUGAAUUUUAAGUUUUCUGUAUUGUAUCAUUUUACAAGUACCUUUUAUAUUCGAAAGAAUGCAAGGCUCAUAUAUUAACAGUCUCAGAAUCAGACAAAUCACACAGCCUUAUGAGAGAAUGAAGAUCAAUAUUGAAGUUGCAGAAUCAUCAUUAUUAUUGUUAGUGGCAUAUGUAUCCAUUUAACUGGCAUUUUGAGAAACAAGGAGUUGUGUUGAGGUCCUUUUUUUUCCCCUCAAGAGAACCUUCUCUGAUGUUGUGGAUUUAAUUAAGACAUAAUAGGAAAAGAAGGUAAUAGAAUAAGGAAUUAUGAGAGAACUCUGGACAUAAUUGUGCCCAACUCAAAGUUGCCAUUUACAUUCUUUCAAUCACAUUUUUGCUAAUUAUCGCAGUUUUCUGACUGUUGGCAAUAAAGUAUCGUGAGGAAAGGACAGCCUUUUCUAAUUCACAUAGAAAGCAUUUUUUGGACUAGCAGCAGGGCUGUUUUACAUUCCUUUUCAAACCAUCCAAUAUCCCAGUCAUAGGAAAACUUCACAGUCAUAGUCCAGUCACAACCUUAAUAACAUUUCUAGUUUCAUUGUAUGAGUGGAGAGAAGUAAAUAGAAUAUUUUCCAAUAAUAAGGCCAUUUCUAUUGGGAUUUAAGGUGAAGGUUGAUUUUCAAUGGUGAAUUUAUUUAAUGAAUGAUUUUUCAGUAUUGAUUACUUAGGGGAGAAUAGCAUUUUAAAGAUGUUUGUGGUUUGCUUUUUGGUUAAGAUGGGAGAAAAUGAUUACUAUUUUACUUGCCUUCUUAAUGAAAUUACUUUGUAAAACACAGAUGCAAUAGUGGGAAAACAACUUACUAAGUAUUAGAAUCACUGAAUUACUAGAAUUGAGCAUACUGGCAGUGUUAUGGUUUAAUGUUAUAAAUGAUAUUUUAGCCCUAGCUGGUGUGUCUCUGGAUUGAGUGCCAGCCUGCGAACCAAAAGGGCAUGGGUUCAAUUCCCUGUCAGGGCACAUACCUGGGUUGUGGGCCAGGUG